GGGCGGGCCCCGCGGCCGCGCUGCCCCGCCCCUCCCCGAGGCUCUCAGUCGGGCGGCGGCGGCGGGCGGAGGAGGAGGCGGAGGCGGCGGCUCCGCCGGGCUGAGGAGCGGACGCGGGAGGCGGCUCGGGAUCGCGACACCAUGAGGCGGGUGGUACGACAGAGCAAAUUCCGGCACGUCUUCGGGCAGGCGGUGAAGAACGACCAGUGCUACGACGACAUCCGCGUGUCGCGCGUCACCUGGGACAGCUCCUUCUGCGCCGUCAACCCCCGCUUCGUGGCCAUCAUCGUGGAUGCCAGCGGUGGGGGAGCCUUCCUGGUGCUGCCCCUGCACAAGACAGGCAGGAUUGACAAGUCCUACCCCACAGUGUGUGGGCACACGGGGCCGGUGCUGGACAUCGAUUGGUGUCCCCACAAUGACCAGGUCAUCGCCAGCGGCUCCGAGGACUGCACUGUCAUGGUGUGGCAGAUUCCUGAGAACGGGCUCACCCUGUCCCUGACAGAGCCUGUGGUAGUGCUAGAAGGCCAUUCCAAGAGAGUUGGCAUCGUGUCCUGGCAUCCGACGGCGCGGAAUGUGCUGCUCAGCGCAGGCUGUGAUAAUGCCAUCAUCAUCUGGAAUGUGGGGACAGGAGAAGCCCUCAUCAACCUGGAUGACAUGCACGUGGAUAUGAUCUACAACGUGAGCUGGAACCGCAACGGCAGCCUCAUCUGCACAGCGUCCAAAGACAAGAAAGUCCGAGUCAUCGACCCCAGGAAACAAGAAAUUGUUGCUGAGAAAGAGAAAACCCACGAGGGAGCCCGGCCCAUGCGCGCCAUUUUCCUGGCAGACGGGAACAUCUUCACCACCGGCUUCAGCCGCAUGAGCGAGCGGCAGCUGGCCCUGUGGAACCCGAAAAACAUGGAGGAGCCAAUAGCCCUUCAUGAGAUGGACACCAGCAACGGGGUCCUGCUGCCCUUCUAUGACCCAGACACCAACAUCAUUUACCUGUGUGGGAAGGGUGACAGCAGCAUCCGCUACUUCGAGAUCACGGAUGAGUCCCCGUACGUUCACUACCUCAACACCUUCAGCAGCAAAGAGCCGCAGAGGGGCAUGGGGUUCAUGCCAAAGAGGGGCCUUGAUGUCAACAAGUGUGAGAUUGCCAGGUUCUUCAAGCUCCACGAGAGGAAGUGUGAGCCCAUCAUCAUGACGGUUCCCCGCAAGUCUGACCUCUUCCAGGACGACCUGUACCCAGACACAGCUGGCCCAGAAGCAGCUCUGGAAGCAGAGGAGUGGUUUGAGGGGAAGAACGCUGAUCCUCUGCUCAUCUCCUUGAAGCACGGGUACAUUCCAGGCAAGAACAGGGAUCUCAAGGUGGUCAAGAAGAACAUACUGGACAACAAACCCGCUGGGAACAAGAAGAGUGAUCUCAUCAGUGCUCCAAAGAAAGCAGCAGAUGCUUCAAACCCCCAAAACGACGCCAAAUUGGACGAGAUUUUGAAGGAGCUGAAAUCCAUCAAGGACACGAUCUCCAACCAGGACGAGCGCAUCGCCAAGCUGGAGCAGCAGAUGGCCAAGAUCGCGGACUGACGGGGCCGCCAGCCCAGGCACAUCCCAGCUCCCAGUUCAGCCAGCAGCAGCCUGCAGCGUUCCAGUGCCAGCUUUCCUGUUCUCCUAAAUCCACGUCAACAAGAGCCGAUGAUUUCAAGCCAAGCUUUUUAGUGAAAGAUUUUUUUUUUUUGGUUUUUUUUUUCCCGAUGAAUUUCUGUGACUGUGUCCAAAAAGGCAAAGAAGCGUAACUUUUACAGGGGUUUUUUUGGGUUUUUUUUUUUCCAGAUGAAAAAUUAAUCUGUUCUUGACUUCCAAUGUCAUGCCCGAAUAUCUUUUUCUAGAUUUAGGGACCAACGCCACAUUGUUCUUAACCUUUUUUUUUUUUUUUAGAGUUGCCAAAAAAUAGAAAAAAAAAAAAAGCUUUUAUUUUUCUUAUUUGCCACUUUUGCAGUAUUUUGUGUUUCCAUUCCAAGGGACAGGGGAUGUGGGGGGUGUUUACACUGUGCAGAGAACAAAGCUGAAGCUAUUUUAUAUAAAUCCUCCAUUUGGAACAAUCAGGUGGGUUCCCUUCCCUUCUCUUCCCUGUGGAAUCCCCUUGGAGAUGGGAUCAGCUGCCUUUCCUGCUCCACAACGUGUCCCCAGCCCUGUUGGCUGACAGAAAAAUACAAAUCUAUCAUUCUGAACGAGGGGAUUUAUUUCCUUCUGAAGUUUUAAGCCAGCACCAUGUUCCCAUUUUCCUACAAUCCCAAGGUUUUGAUUCCAUGACCAAACUCAUGUCUUUUACUUGCUCAUUUUUAUUUCCAUUUUGAGGCAGAAGUGACUUCCAUGUAGGAAUGUUUUUAUCCAUGGAGCAUGGAGUUCCAGGUGAACUGUGGGAUGCCAGCAGUCCUUGCUGCCCCCCAACACUCCUGAGCUCCUGGAUUUUGAGAAGCUUUUGGAACCCAUCAGCCCUUCCCACCAGUGCUGAUGAUAGGAAUUUUCUGUGCUUCCAAGGCAGCAUCAGCAGCAGAAAGGUGAUUUUUCCAUGAUAAUUCUCCACAAACAAAACACCUCUGUUGUUCCUUUUUGAUCAUUUGUUUUCUCCUGUCCAUCAUUCCCAUUCCUGCCUCCCACCCUGCCCUGCUGGAAAGGAUUUGUUCCCAGAUCAGAUGAGCAACUUCCAACCCCAAACUCCCCCCCUGCACUCCCAACCCUUCAGAGCAGAAGGGACUGGGAGGGGGGAUUUGAUCCCAGUUUGGAGAACUGGUUUCUCCCACAGCUCCUUUGGGAUCCUGCAGGGAGAGGCCCUGUGAGUGCUCUAGGCUGGCUCCUGCUGGAAUUCCAUGGAAGCUCAGCUCAGCAAAGCUCUGCUCAGGAGCUGUCAGGGAUGGGGCAGG